GUCUGGAUCAUCCACCAGAGAGCGCUGUUUUGGCGACCCAGAAGCUGCAUUGAUCGAGCCAAGAUGUCACUUAAACCUCACUAAUGACAUAUUGUAUCUAGAGUAAUGAGAGAUAUACAUACAUGCAGGGGUAGGCGUGGCUACUGCGACACCAGAGUGUGACCUCAGCUGAUAAUGUCUCAGAACGGGGUCGGGGAGCGACAGGGUCUGGGUCAGUCAGUCCGCAGUCAAGCCAGGUAUGGUUAUGGUACUACAGUGACAAGCAACACUUCGACGAAGAAAGUCCCAAUGAAGUCCCAGUCGUCAAGUUACAUCAAACACAUUAUUACCUCCACCGACACCCUGAUGGGCAUCGCUCUCAAGUACACCGUUUCGGUGGAGCAGAUUAAGCGUGAGAACAAGAUGUGGACCAAUGACAGCCUGUUUCUUCGUGAGCACCUGCUGAUUCCCCUGACUGCAGACAAUGAGAAGACAGUUCCUAAGGACCUCAUCGUCGUGUCUGACCGGGACCGCUCAGUUUCCAACCCAGAGAAAGAUGCUAAGACAAGUAAAUCUGAUGUGUCGGGCAUGGACUUCCUGAACAAAUACGACAGCACAAUAGCUCAGCUCAAGACCAAUGUGUCCAAGAUGGAACAGAAUGCAAGGUUCCUUGAAGGGAUGGAAGACCCUAACCCACUGUCCGCCUUCCGCCGAACCCCCCCAGAGCGACAGCGGAGCAUCUCGUUUGAAGACCCCCACUCCCCCGUGCUCGUGAUCCGCAGCCACACCCAGUCCCGCCGUGUGCAGGAUUCAAUAGACAAUGCCCGCAAAGCCGAUGAUGAGCUGUACGAGUUGUGAUGGCAGCCCUUUCCGUGUACCGUUAAUAUCAAAGCAACGCUUGUGAUGGAUCUCCCAGACAGCAGAUCAUGUCAGUCGGAAGCUGACGUAUUGUGAUAGAAGAUUCCAAGUGUUUCUCAUACCCUGACAUAUCACCCUAACUCAAAUAGUUCUACUCCUUAGUCAAUGAUUGAAUAGCACUCUCACGGAAAUGAUUGUAAAGGGCCUGUUUCACAAAGUAAACUGUUUGCUCAGACCAUCGUGACCAUCAUGACCAUCAAUUUCUACCUUGACUUAAGGGGCGGUCGGGUAGCCUAGUGGUUAAAGCGUUCGCUCGUCACGCUGAAGACCCGGGUUCGACUCCCGACAUGAGUACAAUGUGUGAAGCCCAUUUCUGGUGUCCCCCCGCCGUGAUAUUGCUGGAAUAUUGGUAAAAGCGGCGUAAAACCAUACUCACUCACUCACUCACUACCUUGACUUACCUCGUAGUGCUUAUACCAUUGGAACUCCAUAUUUCACCAUUCACUUGCAACAGUUGUGCUUAAACCUUCGUAACUCCCCAAUUUUAACAUUGACUUGCAGCCAUCCUAGUCCUUAAACCAUCGUGGCUCCCAUAGUUUAGCAUUGACUUUCGACAGUAGUAAUUAUUAAACCUUCAUAACUCCCAAACUUUAACAUUGACUUCGGUAGUUGCAGUCCUUAAACUAUCGUAGCUCCCAUAUUUUAGCAUUGACUUUCGACAGUAGUAAUUAUUAAACCUUCGUAACUCCCAAACUCUAACAUUGACUUGCAGCCAUCGUGGUCCUUAAACCAUUGUAGCUCCCAUAUUUUAACAUUGACUUGCGACAGUAGUAGUUAUUAAAUCUUCGUAACUCCCAUACUCUAACAUUGACUUCAGCAGUUGUUGUACUUACACCAUCAUAGCUUCCAUACGAUAGUCGUAGCGCUAAGAUUGCUUUGUGGAACAAGCCUUACAUAAUUAUGUGGCAUUGUUAAUCUUAAUUAUGAGAUACAUCCCAUAAAAAAAUUUGAAUUAUUCUUUUCAAAUUGAGGUUAAUCAGUUCAAUGUCCAUCCCUUUUAAGAUUUAUAAGAUCAGAUACUAACUAUGUGUUGGACACAUUGAACUGAAGUCAUUGCUAUGUUGCUUGUUUCCAUAUUCAGACAUACAAUAGAAGUCACCUAUCCAAAUGGCAAGUUUGUUUGUGUAUUGAGAGUGUUUCUGUCACUGGAGUAACUAUGUGAAAACCACUGCAACGCUUUAGCUCCCUGUCUUAGAUCGGCUGUUUCAGAUUUUAGUAAAGAGACUGUAUAUACUUUUACCAAAAGAUAUCUAAUAUAUAUGAUUUGUGGUAGAUUUACGGAUAUCAUUUAGUCCCACGUGAUCCACAGAUAGCAACAGAUGACCACAUUCAUCACCAAGCAUGUCACAUAGUUACUGGUGUUACCUUCAUGUAAGGGAGAUAACUCCGUCAUAUCAGGGAGAUAACUCCAUGGGUAUCGAGCCAUACUUCCAAGAGCUGUCAUGGGCUUUGUGUGCAAUAAUCAAGAGAGGCUGUGCUCUGUUUUAAGCUUCACAUCUCUAGGAUGUGGGGAAUAUUUCACACUGGAUACGACUGCUGUGAAUCAUGAUAUAUCAUGUCAAAAGAACAAGGGUGAGGUGUU